UAUUUAAGGUGGAGCUGUGAGGGCACAUGUAGUUGUAGGCAUAGUUGUCGGUAGUAGCUGUAGUCGACCAUCAUGGCCCAAGUUGUUGGAGGAACCGGAUCGGUGCAGAUUGCCUCCCCUGAGAUCCAGAAGAUCUGUGAUGAGGUGAAGCCGCAGGUGGAGCAAAAGGCCGAGAAGAAGUUUGCAGUGUUUGUGGCUAAAUCUUUCACCACUCAGGUUGUGGCAGGAACCAACUACUUCAUCAAGGUGGACGUAGGUGGGAAUCAAUACAUUCACCUGAGGGUGUUCAGGUCUCUCCCACAUGCUGGACACAAACUGCAGCUGCAUGGAAUCCAAACCGGGAAGAAACUCAACGAUCCCAUCGGCCACUUCUGACCAGUGUGCAAGUGGAACACACACUGUUAGUGUUAGCAGCUGUUAGUGAUCUCGUCCUGCAGCAGCACUCCACUCUGACACACAGCCUCAGAUCUGACAAACAGCCUCAGAUCGGACACAGAUUUUUAAAAUGUAUAAUAACAAUAACAGCUGAAUUUUCUUACAAAGGAAAAUAAAAAGAUCUCUGAGCUGUAA